CCCACGAAGAAUGCUGUGUGUUUUCAUUCCGCUUCGUUGCUGUGUUGUACAUGGUUCAUAUUUCCUGAUCAUAUUUCGUUUUAAUUAAUCUUGCUUGAUUCGUCUAGACCUGAUUCGAUCUAUACAAUACUGUGAAUAUGGUCUGCCCAUGACAUUACUUUGUGUGAAGUGAUUGUUCUAGCAUCUGGCUUGCGGGUAGUUCUGUUUUUUGAGCCUUUAGUACCAUGUUCAGAAACGCUAAUAAUGCAAGCCGGAAGUUUGGGAAGGAGAAAACGAACAUCUUACCCGUGCAACACAAUCAAACGAAACUUACCCGGAACGGAGGGAAUGUUAAGUCAAAUUCGUCACUCCACACCGAAGUCCAUACCGCCGAGCCAAAGUUUUCCAUUUACUACGACUCCGAGGUUGAAGUUCACAAAGUGAAGAAAAAUCAUGAAGCGAAGCAGCUGGGAAAAGUUCUGGAAAAUAGGGAAAAUACGAAGCAGCUGGGAAAGGUUCAUGAGCAUAAGGAAAAUAUGGCAAUUAAUAUGCGGUCGGACAAAACUACUGGAGCAUUUCCCAAGACAAAAAAUACUGGCCUGAGUCUACGGCCUUCGCAAGUGGUGGGCCUGAAUUUCAAACUAACGCAAGGAAGUAACAUUCCGCCACCGAAGCCGAGUCGCAAAGACAAACCUGUCGUGAUUCCUCCUCCAGAAGAAUUCGCAUUCUAUGAAGAUUCACCGAAACCGUUGUCUCUGUCUGCGGAAAACACUCCAGCAGACUCUCUUGUCUCUGAAAUCGAUCGCGGAAGUUCGACAUGUGGAAUUUCGUCGCAAAUGAAAGGCAUCGAAUUGUCGUCAGCUGGCGUGCCUUCGAAGAAGCUCGUUCAAGUUCCAUUUGGUGAAUUGGACAUAUCUGGAAAGAAGAAACUGUCCAACCGUCGACCAUCAACAUCAAGUCACGAAAAAGAUUCCGAAGAAGAUAAAGAAAACGAAGCUGCAGUUGUCACUUUCAAUGUUCUUGGUGAUGACGUUUCUCCGCCUGUCACUCAAGAUUCUGCUGACAGCGUAGAUGGUUUACCUACUAACUGCUUCGCGAUUCCAAGGUCGUCUAUGGAUAAGAGCCGCGUUUCAUUGCAUAAGCAGCAAGAAGAUGAUAUGUGCAAGUUGAAGGAGUAUGCGGAGGACAUCUUCAAAUAUCUUGCCGAACAAGAGAAAAACUUCCGUCCUCGCCCUAUGUACAUGCACCAGCAACCCGAUUUGGCUCCUCACAUGCGCUCAAUGUUGGUCGACUGGCUCGUUGAAGUUGCUAUUGAAUACAAGCUAUCCGAUGCUUGUUUAUUCAUGGCUGUUUCCUACAUCGACCGUUUCUUGUCCUACAACAAAAUCUUUCGAUCGAAGCUCCAGUUGCUGGGAACAACGGCCAUGUUCAUUGCUGCCAAGGUGGAGGAAAUUUACCCGCCGGAAAGCGAAGAGUUCGUUUUCAUCACAGACAAUACAUACAGCAAGGAACAGCUGCUGAAGAUGGAAACAUUCAUUUUGAUAGCCCUGGAUUACAGGAUGACAUGUGUGACCCCCUACACGUUUUUUGCGAAGUUCGUUUUGGAUAUUGAGGCUCCCGAGACCGUCAGCAACCUCGCUCUGUAUUUGUUGGAGUUGGCAAUGAUGGAAGGUGGCGAUAUCCUCAAUUAUUUGCCAUCAGUUCAGGCUGCUGCCUCGGUUGCUCUUGCAGCUCACACACUGAUGGUUGGCGAGCUGUGGAAAAUCAUGUUCAUGAAGACGACAAAUUACAAAUACGCGGAUUUGAUGCCGUGCAUGUCAACGAUCAAAAUCAUUUGGGCUAAAGCGGCAACGCACGACCAACAGGCUGUGAGGCAAAAAUAUCUGGAACCAAAAGUCAAGGCAGUGGCGAGUAUUCCAGUUUGCUCUACAUUCCCUCAAGAUAGCCAAUAGGACAGGAUGUGUAGAAGUGCGUAUCGAGAAAUCCGAUUUUAUUGCACCGGUUUAUUUUGUAGUCUCGUGAGUAUUGUCAAAUAUUCUUCCAAGUGAUGCUCUCGGAUCUCCGUAUUGUAUUGUUUUCAGUGACGUAUCCCAACGAAUUUCGCAUUUUCAUUUUUGGUGUUUCGUGACAUUUUCCCGAGCAUUUUAACACCGAUUUUUGGCUGUUGGUGCAUGUAUUUUGACGUAUUAUGUAUAACGGUUGUGUGUAAGACUCGUCGGUUUGGCUUGCUUACGGUGAAUUUUAUAUUUUCGACGUGGUAUUUUCUCGUGUUGGACAAACAGCGGCUUGAGGCUUUUUUUCGUUGAUUUUAAAUACAUUCUUAAACGUUGAUGCGUUUUUUGAAGCAA